AUGCCUCCCAAAGUCGACCCAAAUGAAGUUAGAUUGAUCAACAUUAAAGUCUUCGGAGGAGAAGGAGGUCCUGCUUCCACUCUUGCUCCCAAGUUGGGACCCCUCGGUCUUAAUCCAAAAUAAGUUGGUGAUAAGAUUAUUGCUGAAAGUGGUAAAUGGAAGGGUAUCAGAGUUAUGGUUAAUUUGAGAUGUUAAAACAGAAAUGCUGAUGUCACAGUCAUUCCAACAUCAAGUGCAUUACUCAUUAAGGAAAUCGGAGGAUACGAAAGAGAUAGAAAGAAGACCAAGAAUGUUAAACACAAUGGAAAUUUGACUCUUGAAUAAGUCAUCAAAGUUGCCAGAGCUGUUGAAGAAAAAUCAUUGGCCAAAACCUUCACUGGAACUGUUAAAUAAGUCUUAGGAACUGCAUAAUCCUUGGGAGCUACAGUUGAUGGUUAACCAGUUAAGGCAAUCAUCGGAAAAAUCAAUUCUGGAGAGCUUAAAGUUGAAAAAUGAAAAAUACAUAAUAUUAUACACAUAAGUACAUUAACUUUUAAUUA